AUGGAAGAACAGGCUCUAAACCCUAAGAAGGCCAAGAAAACGGACGAAGGUUUGGGCGGCGCUUCUCCUUCAAUCGACCAAGUACCAAACCACAUUCUCGUCGAUAUCCUUUCUCGUCUUCCGAUCAAAUCCCUCAUACAGUGCAGGAGCGUCUGUAAAUCCUUUCUCUAUUUGAUCUCCGUAGACACCGAUUUCCGUUCCUUACACCUCUCAAGAUCCCCUCCUGAGCUCCUAUUCUACAAUUCAGACUCGAAACAGAUCAUUCUCUUGGAUUCCGACGCCGACCAAGCACACCAGCUCACUCUCCGCUUCGACGGACUUUCCGAUAUGAUGAUCGUGAACUCGAGCCGCGGCCUUCUCUGCCUCCGCUCACUUGAUACCUCUUUUCCCUUUUGCGUCAUUAAUCCCAUCUCUCUGGAAUUCACUCUUAUCCCGAAUCCCGUGGUGAUCGACAGUGAAGACCCUGUUUCUUUGAUGGUCGGAUUUGGGUACAGUCCCAUGUCCGAUAAAUACAAGAUUAUAAAGGUAUCAAAGUCUCUCGAUUCAACUGGUAAAAACUGUUUUCAUACCGACAUUUAUACAAUCGGAUCACCUUCUUCUUCUUGGAGGAGAAUUGAAGAUGCUCCAAUACAAGAGAUUACACAGUGUUUUUCAACGUUCCUUGGUGGACGUUUAUAUUGGAUAAUGAACGAGACUGCAUCUAUCUAUUGUUAUGGGUUCAUGAUUUAUUUCGAUUUUGAUAGUGAAACAUUUGGAACAGAAACUUUGCCCCCUCCUUUUGACAUCUCCCGAUACAGAGAUAAUGUGACAGUUGUUAACUUUGGUGUGUUUCAAGGUAUGUUGAGAAUAAGUGUAUUGACUGAUUCGGGAAACAACCCGCACAUUUGGGUUUUGAAGGAGUUUGGGGUUGACAAAUCGUGGUGCUUAGAUGAGCUUCCUUUUUCAUUUCCUGGCAAGUAUAUAAACAAUAAUAAGUCUGAGUCAUUGGUUUUUAUGGCUGGUUAUUAUACGGUUACAUACAACCUCAUUGAGAAGAAGAUUGUUUAUGGUAAAUUAAAACCAUUCUCUCAUGUUCCUAUCCUGCUGCCCCUCAAGGAAUUACUAGUAGGAGUUGAGGUCCAUCUCCUAAAUUCAACUCAAAGCAAAAAUGUGGAAGAUGAAGUGUGAUGACAAGUUAAUUAGUUUCAACUGCUAGGUACACUGGAAUAUGGUACUAAACUUUUCCACCAUGGGCUUAACCUUCUUUUUUUCUUAUCUUUUUUUUUUUAUUAUUUUGUUGAACUUGUGCAACUCUUUGUUUAGCUUACAUGUUACAACUUUUUUGUUAUAGAUCUACUUAUACUGUUUGGUGA